UGUGUGUGCUGGUAUGAGGUGUGCAGGGCUCGUGUUGAAGGUCCUCCUGUCAUUGCUGGGCAGUGAGCUGGUCGUGGCUCAGGCCGCUUGUCCUCAGGUGUGUUCCUGUAACGCCGGUGUGAUGGACUGCAGUAAACGCGGUCUCACCACGGUCACGCUGCCCUCUUCCUUCCCUCCACACACCACUGAACUCCUCCUGAACGACAACCACCUGACGGCUCUGCCCCACGGCCUGCUGGACUCGCUGCCCGCCCUGCGCCUGGCCGUCCUGCACGGAAACCCCUGGUCAUGUGACUGCGGCAUCCUUUAUCUCAGAGGAUGGCUGCUGAAACAGAGGAAUGACGCUUCGAUGCGGAACGUUACCUGCAGUUCUCCUGCUCACCUGCGGGGGCGCCUGGUCGUGUAUCUGGUUGAACAGGAGCUUCUGGAAUCGUGUCGUUACUGGCCGUGUAAUUUGGCUCUGGCCUCACAGAUCAGCCUCUUCAUCUUCAUCGCAGUUCAGGUGCUCCUGUUGGCCUCUGUCGUCGUCUUCCUCAGGCGGUUUGAGCGGCUGACGCGUACGGCUGCUGAGACCUUCACGCCGGAAGACGACGCGACCCUGAGUAACGAAUAUGUCACGCUAAAAGACAGGAGCAUGUAGGAUGAGA